AUGUCAGCUGUCGUCUACAUCGUCUCACACUCGCCGUCCACAGGCGCCAAAUCAUCUCUCGUUUGCGCAAAGACGAAAGUAGCUCCAAUCAAACCACUCACAAUCCCGAGGUUAGAACUCACAGCAGCGCUGCUACUAUCAAAACUCAUCAAGCAUACACAAGCUACACUCCAGCUACCAAUUACUUCAACUCAUUUGUGGACGGACUCUCAAGUCGCACUCAUGUGGAUCAAAUCACCCGCUUCGCACUGGAAGGACUUUGUCAGGAACCGAGUAACUCAAAUUCAAGAACUCACGCCUCAAACUCAUUGGAGACACGUUCCUGGCACAUGCAAUCCAGCUGACGGCCCAUCAAGGGGCUUAACAGCUCAACAACUCAAAGAUCACUCACUCUGGUGGACGGGACCACCAUGGAUACUCAAACCAAUGACCUCAUGGCCUCGACAGACUCAACCCUCAGCUGACCUCAGUGCACAUGAAGCCCGUCAAGGCGUUGCUCUCUUCGUGGCCACUCCGAGAGUCGAGUAUCAUUGGGACCUCAUUCAUCGAUACUCGACGCUCUCAAAACUCAUCCGAGUCACCGCUUUGUGCUCCAAGGUCAUUUCAAGAUUGAGGAGACAAAGUGACUCACCACUCAUUUCGCGAGACGACAUGGAGGCUGCUAAAGUCUUUUGGAUUAAGGCCACUCAAGCAACGUAUUUCUCACACGAGCUACGCUCAUUGAAGUCAAAUAUUCCACUACAAAGAACUCACGUUUUUUCUCGAUUGACCGCCUUCCUUGAUCACGAAGGCGUCAUUCGGGUCGGUGGUCGGCUCAACUUGUCAACACUCAGUCCGGAGACUAAGCACCCAGCCAUAUUGCCUCGCCACUCACGCCUAUCAACACUCGUAAUCGACAAUUCUCAUCGUCGCACAUUACAUGGGGGCACUCAACUCACUCUGGCUGACAUUCGCCAGUCAUACUGGAUACUCGGAGGCAGAGCUCCAGUGAAAACUCACAUUCUCCAUUGUGUAAAGUGCGCACGUCAGCGAGGGAUACGCGCUCAACAGCUGAUGGGUCAGCUGCCUGUUGCUCGUGUCACCCCAUCACUCACACUGGAGUCGAUUACGUAG